AUGAAGAUAAACUCCAAAAAUCAAUUAACUUGUCAGGAAUCCUUUUUCUCUAGUGUAACAAAGUUCUCCUUCUCGCAUCUUAGCAAAGUGUGGUCUACUGCUCAAUCAAAAUUUCCGAAAAACAUUUAUAACUUUACCAUACGCUAUAUCAAUAACUCUCUUCCGACACGCAAGAACCUUAGCAGAUGGGGAUUGUCUUCAAGUUCAGAAUGCUCCUUUUGUCUUGGCCUAGAAUCAUUAUUGCACGUGGUCGCUGGAUGUCAGUGUUAUCUCGAUCGAUUUACGUGGAGACACAAUUCAAUCCUGAACUUCCUUGCCAAUACCUUGCAAACUGUGAACGGUUCUGCCCUCUACGCUGAUGUGCCUGGAUUCAAAAGUCCUUCGAUAAUAACUGGUGAUACGUAUCGCCCGGAUUUGUUGCUAUCGUUAUCAAAUGGCUCACUUUAUGUGGUCGAGCUCACUGUUGGCUAUGAGACAAACCUCGAGAACAACGUUAAUCGGAAAAAAGCCAAAUAUAAAGAACUAGUAAAACAACUAGACGAAAAUUUUAACGAAGUAAACUUUAUAAAUCUUUCCAUGAGCUCCCUAGGUAUUUUUGCGCAAGAAUGCUCUACAUUCUUAGAAAUGUUAGGAAAUGUUGGUCUGGACAAAAACUACCAAACGUACUGUGUUAGGAAAAUGAUGACUAUUGCCAUUCGAAGUACAUACUAUAUUUUUUGCUGCCGAAAUAAGGAAUGGGAAAGUCCGGACUUGUUAACUAUUUGAAAUAUCUGAUGGUCUUGUAUAUUUAUAUAUUUUCAUGUAUUCUGUCUUAUCAUUUUUAUUAGUUCAUAUAGUUGUGAUUCAAAUAGCCAAUUGUAAUUUACCUUAAAUUAGUGAGAUUUACAAUUGUAUAUAUAUAGUAUAUAACAAAAUUAUUAAAGUUUCCUUUAUUAUCAUUAUCAUUAUCAUUAUCAUUAUCAUUAUCAUUAUUAUUAUUAUUAUUAUUAUACUGUAAAGGAGUUAAAGAAAGCUUUGCAAAAUUUAAAAUCCAACAAAGGUGACCUUAGUGAAAUUAAAUACGUCUCCCCCACAUUGCGUGAUAAGCUUCGUAAUAACAACAACGAUGGGCUAACCUCUGACAGCAAUGAAUCAUUCAAUCACGACAAUUAUAUCGGACGGAACUUUUGGGGUUAUAUUAAAAACGUUAUCAAUAAGAAGGACUCAAUAUUACCAUCAUUUAACGUGACAGAUUGCUUUACUUAUUUUUCUAAAUCUCUGGCUAAAAUUAAUCCUAAUAGACUGUUUAAUUUAACAUUCCCAGCUGGAUUCCAAAGUUAUCUGAUCCCGAAGUUCAAUUCAACCUUGACCCCCCGACUUACCAACAAAUUACUAAUGUGAUACGUAAAAUGAAAUCGUCUGGCUCCCCUUGCCCCCUUGAUCAGCUUUCGAUAAUAUGUUUUAAGCGAUGUCCUUAUCUGCGAACUUACCUCAGUAAACUAAUUCAAGAAAUUUGGCUAUCUGGAACUGUCCCGAACGAAUGGAAAAAAGCCUGUACUAUAUUAAUACAUAAGAAAGGCAACAUUGAUGAUCCGUCAAAUUUCCGUCCCAUAACACUUGAGUCUAUACCAUUAAAAGUAUUUACAUCUUGUCUUCGAAACGCAAUAUAUUCCUUCCUCGCAUCCAAUAACUUUAUCGAACACGGCAUACAAAAGGGCUUCACCCCUAACCUAUCUGGCACUCUAGAACACACUGCGCAAAUGGCUGACAUCAUUAACAAAGCCCGCAUCAGACAACGCUCUGUUGUCAUCACCUUACUUGAUCUGAAGAAUGCUUUCGGCGAAGUCCACCACAAUCUCAUCCAAUCAGUACUCGACUACCACCACAUCCCAGAACACAUAAAAUUCGUUAUAAAAAUUUAUACACUGAUUUCCAAACCUCAAUAAUUACCCCCGAAUUCCGCACCCCUUUUAUAUCUGUUCGCCGUGGCGUAUUGCAAGGAGAUUGCCUCAGUCCUCUUCUUUUCAAUAUGUGUUUUAAUACUUUCAUCCAACAUAUAAAAGCUGAAAAGUACCGUCAGUUUGGCUUCUCCUUCAAGCUAUUAAAGCCUAUCCACUGGUUCCAAUUCGCUGAAGACGCAGCCGUAAUCACUGGCCAAGAAUCUGAAAACCAGCAUCUCUUAUAUCGUUUUUCCAUCUGCUGCCAAUGGUCCAAUAUGAUUAUCAGAGUCGAUAAAUGUAGUACCUUUGGCAUCAAGAAAGCCAUCACAAAAUCAGUCCAAUAUUUGCCGAAACUCCUCAUCAACAAUAAUCUAGCUGAUACCAACAAUAAAGAUUGGAGAAGCAUUUCAAUAUUUAGGACGUUACUUUGAUUCUAACAUGUCGAACGAUAACCACAAGACUGAACUAACCACUCUCGUUAAUGAACUAAUGACUGAUAUUGACUCGAAGCCACUCCACCCAAGAAAUAAGCUUCUCGUGUACAGUCGUUAUGUCUUAUCCAAAAUAUCGUGGCAUUUCACCAUCGCAACACUUUCUAAAACAUGGUUAUUGAAAAUAUUGAUUCCGUAGUCAACCAAUACGUACAUCCGUAAAUGGCUUGAAAUUCCAAUCUCAGGAACACAGCUAAGUACUGUUUUUCUAACUCGCAACAAAUUUUGUCAAAGUAUUUAUCCUCCAUCGGUGAAAUUUAUCCAAUGCCAAACAGUUCUUCGAAAAGCUUUAAAACUUUCUCCUAAUCAAUCAAUCAACGAACUGUGGAAAUCUACUAAUACUCAUACUAAUAUCCAAUACGACUUUUAUAACUCAACCAAAGAAAUGCUUAAAGAUUUUCGCUCUGAACAUGAAGAUAAACUCUAAAAUCAAUGAACUUGUCAGGGAUCCUUUUUCUCUAGUGUAACAAAGUUCUCCUUGUCGCAUCUUAACAAAGUGUGGUCUACUGCUCAAUCAUUACUUCCGAAAAACGUUUAUUAAUUUACCCUGAUACGCUAUAUAAAUAACUCUCUUCCGACACGCAAGAACCUUAGCAGAUGGGGAUUGUCUUCAAGUUCAGAAUGCUCCUUUUGUCUUGGCCUAGAAUCGUUAUUGCUCGUGGUCGCUGGAUGUCAGUGUUAUCUCGAUCGAUUUACGUGGAGACACAAUUCAAUCCUGAACUUCCUUGCCAAUACCUUGCAAACUGUGAACGGUUUUGCCCUCUACGCUGAUGUGCCUGGAUUCAAAAGUCCUUCAAUAAUAACUGGUGAUACGUAUCGCCCGGAUUUGUUGCUAUCGUUAUCAAAUGACUCUCUUUAUGUGGUCGAGCUCACUGUUGGCUAUGAGACAAACCUCGAGAACAACGUUAAUCGGAAAAAAGCCAAAUAUAAAGAACUAGUAAAACAACUAGACGAAAAUUUUAACGAAGUAAACUUUAUAAAUCUUUCCAUGAGCUCCCUAGGUAUUUUUGCGCAAGAAUGCUCUACAUUCUUAGAAAUGUUAGGAAAUGUUGGUCUAGACAAAAACUACCAAACGUACUGUGUUAGGAAAAUGAUGACUAUUGCCAUUCGAAGUAGCCUACAUGCUAUAUUUUUUGCUGCCGAAAUAAGGAAUGGGAAA